AUGAUUCCAAACUGGCAUAAAGCCCUCUGGGCAUUGUUCCUCCUAGCCUCCGUGGCCCACGCCCAAUUCAACUUCUUCGAGCAAAUGUUCGGCGGCAACCAAGGCCAAGAGCGCCAGCAACAGAACCAGAACGCCCCCAGCGACAGCAGUCGAUACCAGAAGGCGUGGGAUGGAUCAAAAUGCAGCAACUACCUCUGCCCCGGAACUCUUGCCUGCGUACAUGUCCCACACCACUGCCCGUGCCCGCACCCCGAUGUGGAAGAGAAAGUAGAGCUGGGUGAGGGGAGCGCCAUUUGCGUGUCCAGGGGUGGCUUUAAGGAUGGGGAGGCGACGCGGAAGAUCGAAUUGGCUCGCAAGGGAGCUCUGUGA